AUGGCGUUCCGACGACCACAUCGGAAAUCUCGCCACGGCUGCAUGGAAUGCAAGAGACGCCGAGUCAAGUGCGAUGAAACCCGGCCAAUAUGCACCAACUGCGCCAAGCGUCAUUCCGAAUGUGAGUACGGGUCGUCAACCUCCCUACUGUGGGCAAACGAAGACCCCGCGGUACCGUCUCUCGGGUCCGACAGCGGUCAGUCUGGUGAUCCAGUACGGGGACUCCGUUCAUCGUCGAGUCCAACCGCAAGAGCGGGAACAGCAAAUUCCUUCGGAGUUCUAAGCCAGCACGACAGCGAAAAUGCCGCGAUCUCAGCGGGAUCCGCACUGAACCUCAACGACCUGGAGCUGAUGAUGCAGUGGUGCAACACGACAUUCCGGACACUAUCACGCAACGAGCGCACCGAUCCAAUCUGGCGCUACAUCGUACCCGAAGAGGCGCUCUUGCAUCCAUUCCUCAUGCACGGCGUCCUGGCCCUGUCAUCGCUACAUCUCGCUCGCACAGGGAUGGAGCUGACUCGUCGCGCGUCGUAUCUCAAUCGUGCUGUCGCGCACCAGAAUCAAGCGCUGGCGCUGUUUCGGGAGCUACUGGGCGACGUGAAGGAGAGUAAUGCGAAGGCGAUGUUUGCCUUUGCGGGAAUUGUGGUUAUCUACACGUUUGCAUUCCCGCAUACGCCAGACGUGCAGGAUCCGUGCUCCUGUGUCGAUGAUUUGUACCAGGUUCUCGUUUUGGCGCGCGGCGUGCAGCAGGUUAUUUAUGCGCCCCGGGACUUUACCAGUUUUCUAGAGGACAGUUCCUUCGGUCCGAUUUUACAGGCCGAGGAGACUCAGGGUCCGAUCCCCGAGGACACGACUGCUAUGCUCAAACAACUGCGUGAGGCUAAUGAAGUCUGCGGGGCGCGGGAUAAAAAUCAUGACGUGCAGGUUUAUGAAGGGUCCAUUGCGAAUCUGGAGGAAAUGCUUAGUUGGUGCUACAGCGGGAUGAGGGCAAGUACGAUUGCUGGGAGGUGGGUGAUCCGCUUGCAUCCUCGGUUUAUGGAGUUGCUACGCGAACGAGACCCCUUCGCGCUAGUUAUGCUAGCGCACUAUGGCGUGCUUUUACAGUAUUUGAAGCAUCGUUGGUGCUUUGACGAGUGGUGUGUCAGGGUCUCCAAGGCCGUGUGGGCAAUAUUGGACGAUCAGUGGAGGCCGCUGAUCCAGUGGGCAAUGAAAGAGAUUCUUGGUGUUAAUUUUCCGCAACAGGUUGGCACUUGA